AGCUCCAUUGGUAGGGUCGCACGUUCAACUUCUCUGAUCAGCUAUAAUCUUGAAGCUAAAGUUCCAGGACGUAGCCUGAAAAGUUCAAAAAGAUUCGGAAAUCCGUAGUUUAGGCAUGGCAAAUAAUUGUCCAAUAGAGCAGCCCCUGGUGGAGGAACUUACUUUUCCUGAAGCUCCAUUCAAGAGUUGCCAUGCAUCUACGAUUGUUGAGGUUGAGAAGGAUCAUUUCCUGGUUGCCUAUUUUGGGGGCACGUCAGAGGGGGCCCCUGAUGUCAAAAUAUGGUUGCAGACUUACAAAAAUGGCAGAUGGCAUCCACCUGUAAUCGCAGAUGAACAACCAAAUGUUCCUAUGUGGAACCCUGUACUGUUCAAGCUCCCAUCAGACGAGAUACUGCUAUUCUACAAAAUAGGCCAAGAAGUUCAAAAAUGGAGUGGAUUUAUGAAAAGGUCGUAUGAUAAAGGCAUCACCUGGACAGAAAGAGAACAACUUCCUCCUGGCAUAUUAGGACCAAUAAAGAAUAAGCCCAUUUUGCUGGACAAUGGCCAUUUACUUUGUGGAUCAUCUGUUGAGAGCUGGAACUCCUGGGGUGCAUGGAUGGAGGUCACUACAGAUUUUGGUCGGUCAUGGACGAAGUAUGGCCCAAUUUACAUUGAAAACAAUCCCCUGAGUGUAAUUCAACCAGUACCUUAUCAGACUUCAAAUGGGGCAAUACGAGUUUUACUACGAUCCUUUGAUGGCAUUGGUAGAGUGUGUAUGUCAGAAUCUUCUGAUGGUGGCAAGACUUGGGGAUAUGCAAAACCCACUAAGCUCCCAAACCCGAAUGCAGGCAUUGACGGCGUUAAGCUGCGAGAUGGCCGUUUGUUGCUUGCUUACAAUACAGUUUCAAGGGGUGUAUUGAAGGUUGCCCUUUCUGAAGAUGAUGGUGAUUCUUGGCGUGAAGCUCUUACGUUGGAGAAUAACUUGGGAAUGGAGUUCUCUUAUCCUGCUGUUAUCCAGGCCAGUGAUGGACGUGUGCACAUCACGUAUACUUAUAACAGGACACAAAUUAAGCGUGUUGUUCUUGAGCUAAAGUGACGUGGGUUCGUGAAUUAAAUUAUCUCGAACGGCAAAUGAUGUUUCUGGUCAUUCUAAGUUAAUUAUAAUUAAUGACCUUAAAUUUUGAAAUUUUCAAGAAAAGAUCAAGGUUCUUUGUUGUAAUUGAAGUAUUUUGAGUGAAAUUUUUCAAUAAUGAUGUUUGAUUUUUGUUUUUUGUUUUGAGGACUUA